CUGCCCUGCCCAUCAAUAGUUCAAUACCAAAAGCAUCCCACCCAAAUGAAGUCAUUCAUGUCUUUUGCAAAGCAUCUACGUCUUUCACCCACCAAACACUUCAUCCAUCCUGACUUUCAUAAAAUCUAUGAAAAGAUGAGACCCAUCGACAAGCCUCUCUUCUUGAUCGUUCAUGGUGUCGAUAAGUCGAGGAUAGGGUGGCACCGUUUUCCGGUGUUCUUGGGGCUUACUUACUUGGGUAUACGUCGCAGUCUUCAUGACAAGUAUAAUUUGCUCAAUGUUGGGGAUACUCCCGUGGGGGAUCGGUACGAUACUUUAAAAGAAGGUGAAGGAACUUUCUUUGGUCGUAACAUGCUCCCUGUUGAUCAGAAAGAUAAGGUAUUGAAACCAGAUCCGAUGGUGAUAGCAACAAAGCUUCUAGCACGUAAACAACUUAUAGACACCGGAAAGCAGUUCAACAUGAUUGCUGCUUCAUGGAUUCAGUUUAUGAUUCAUGAUUGGAUUGAUCACCUCGAAGAUACAAAACAGAUUGAGGAGCUUAAGGCGCCAACGGAAGUAGCCAGUGGAUGCCCUCUCAAAUCCUUCAUGUUCUACAAGACAAAAGAAUUUGAUACUGGUCUUUCUGACAUUAAGAAAGGUUAUCGUAACAUCAGAACUCCUUGGUGGGACGGGAGUGUGAUAUAUGGAAACCACCCAAAGGCUGCGCAUCGUGUUAGAACAUUCAUAAACGGAAAGCUAAAGAUUGCAGAAGAUGGCCUCCUCCAACACGACAACGAUGGAUUGCCCAUCUCAGGCGACAUUCGUAACAAUUGGAUCGGGGUGUCAACACUGCAAGCCCUCUUCAUCCACGAGCACAAUGCCGUAUGUGACGCCUUAAAGAAAGAAUAUCCUUAUUUGGAUGAUAAAAAACUGUAUCACCACGCAAGACUAGUAACUUCUGCGGUGAUUGCAAAGAUCCACACCAUAGAUUGGACCGUCGAGCUUCUCAAAACCGACAUGCUUGUUGCUGGAAUGAGAGCUAACUGGUAUGGGCUAUUGGGGAAAAGAUUCAAGGACACAUUUGGGCAUGUUGGAGGAUCUAUUUUGGGAGGUCUUGUAGGGCUAAAGAAACCCGAAAAUCAUGGGGUACCCUACUCGCUAACCGAAGAGUUUACAAGUGUUUACAGAUUGCAUUCUCUCUUACCAGAUCAACUUUUUAUUAGGGAUGUAAAUUCAACACCAGGCCCUAACAAGUCCCCAAAUAUUACUAAAAAGCUUGACAUGAUUAAUUUGAUUGGGAAGAAUGGAGAAAAGCAAUUAUCAGAAAUUGGGCUUCUAGCACAAAUGGUAUCCAUGGGACAUCAAGCCUGCGGGGCACUUGAACUAUUUAACUAUCCAGUCUGGCUUAGAAAAAUUGCGCCUCAAAAUGUGGACGGGACAGAUCGCCCCGACCACAUUGACUUAGCAUCACUUGAGAUUUAUAGGGAUAGGGAGAGGAAAGUAGCAAGAUACAAUGAGUUUCGUAGAUCACUUUUCUUGAUCCCAAUCUCCAAAUGGGAAGAUCUAACGGAGGAUAAGGAAGCUAUUGCCACAUUGCGUGAAGUGUACGGUGAUGAUGUCGAACAACUUGAUUUGUUGGUAGGAAUGAUGGCUGAGAAAAAAAUCAAAGGGUUCGCCAUUAGCGAGACAGCUUUUGUAAUCUUUCUAAUCAUGGCGUCAAGGCGACUCCAAGCAGAUAAAUACUUCACAAGCGACUUUAACGAAGAUGUGUACACCAAAAAAGGACUUGAAUGGGUGAACACAACGGAGAGUCUAAAAGAUGUGUUGGACCGACACUAUCCAGAGAUGACCGAUAGAUGGAUGAACUCAACAAGUGCUUUCUCGGUGUGGGAUGCUGCCCCAGAGCCUCAUAAUCCUAUACCAAUUUACUUCCGUCUUCCCAAAUGAGAUUGCUUCAAUGGAAAAGAAAAUAUUGUAUUAUUUUCUUAUAAAUAGUAUUCAUUUUUUUCUUAUAGAAAAAAGAAUAUGAAGUUCUAUUGUAUUUAUUUUGAUGAAAUAAAAGGUAUAUAAGAAUAUGAAGUUAUAUUUUGCAA